GCCCCGCCUACAGGGCCGCACGCGGAGGAACCGGCUCCAGGUGGUCUCAGGCUUUGGCUACAGUCAUGGAUCACUGUUACUAUAAUAAAUCUGUGAGCUUCUUCUACAACCACAGUGGAAAGCAGCUGAGUCUACACUGGCAGCCCAAGGAUGUGGUAAUGGUGACUCUGGGGCUUACUGUCAGUGUAGUGGUCCUGCUGACCAACCUGCUUGUCAUUGUAGCUAUUGUUUCCAAUCGGCGGCUACACCAGCCCAUUUAUUAUCUACUAGGGAAUCUAGCUGCAGCUGACCUGUUUGCAGGACUGGCCUACCUGUUCCUCAUGCUGCACACAGGCCCCCGCACAGCCCAACUCUCAGUGAGGGUCUGGUUUGUGCGGCAGGGCCUGCUGGAUGCCAGCCUCAGUGCUUCUGUGGUUAACCUGCUGGCCAUCGCAGUGGAACGGCACCGGAGUGUCAUGGCAGUGCAGCCACUGAGCCUUCUGCCCCGGGGUAGGGUGCUGUUGCUUAUGGCUGGCAGUUGGGCAGUUGCACUGGGCCUGGCACUUUUGCCCUCCUACUGGAACUGUUUGUGUAACCUGGACCAUUGUGCCCGCCUGGCCCCAAUCUACAGCCGCACCUUCCUGACAGCCUGGGCCCUUGGCAAUUUGCUGGCCUUCCUGCUUAUGGCAGCUGUCUAUGCACGCAUCUUCCUCUAUGUUCGGGGCCGUAUGAAUCGCAUGUCACAGCACGCCGGCUUCCACCCACGAUACCGUGAGACCACAGUUGCCCUAGUCAAGACAGUGGUCAUCAUUUUGGGGGCAUUUGUGGUCUGCUGGACACCUGGCCAAGUGGUAUUGCUUUUGGAUGGUCUGGGCUGUGACUCCUGCAAUGUCUUAGCUGUGGAAAAAUACUUCCUGCUUUUGGCUGAGGCCAACUCACUGGUCAACCCAGUUGUAUAUUCAUGCAGAGAUGCUGAGAUGCGCAGCACCUUCCGUCGGCUCCUCUGUGGCUGUUUGAGGAGUUCUUCCCACCACAUGCCCCGAAAAGGGCCAAGACCUGGAAUGAGGGUCAAUAUUCCUGACAGUGGCCAUCCCCUGGUGGAUUCCUCCCUUUAGUUAUCUCUAUACCAGUGAGACAGGACUAAUAACUGAUUGGGAUGAGAAUUGACUACUGUGAAUGGGAUAAUGAACGGUCAACUGCUUCUAAGGCAGGAUGAGAUUUAACCCCUUCAAAUGAAGUGAAACUACUAUUGUGGCUACAUGACUACAUGAAGGUCAGGGCAAAACUCUCCAUUAACUGCCUUGAAUGUAGGCUCCCCACCUAGGUGGAGAAAAGAGUGAUACUUUUAUAUGACAAUUUUUCAAAUACUUACUUGACUGUUUAACUCUUGGGGGUUGGGACAGGGUUCCCUGCAAUUGUUAGUUUGGAUAUUAUGGACAUGCUACCCAGAUGAAAGGGAUUAAUAAGGACCAUUAAUAAGGAUGGUAAUUUGGUUGGAUCUGAUUCUGUGAAAAAAAUAGGUAGGUGGCUGAAGUUUCUGCCUGUCCUCCCCUCAUCCUUCCCCAUAGGCCAGUGCUGGAAAUCUAUCCCCCUUCCCCCACCUCCAUUGACUGGAUCCUUCCUUAGGCCUAGACCUAACCUAGGCACUUCUGUCCCUUCAAUAGAUAUGAGAGAAGGGUAUUGCCCA